GAGGAGCGAUUUCUUCCCGGAGAAAGUAACUAGAGUAACUUCUAGUCACUGCAGGCCAUCAAAAUAUACUUUUCCAUAAAGCAAAAUGGAGCCAUCGGCAAGUCCUGUGAAGGAUAACUACAGGAUGAACCGCUAUAAGAACAAAGCGCUUAAUUUGGAGGAGAUGCGUCGGAGGAGAGAAGAGGAGGGAAUUCAGUUGAGGAAACAGAAAAGAGAGCAACAGCUGUUCAAGAGGAGAAAUGUGGAGUUGCUUAAUGAGGAGGGGGAUAUGUUUGCCAGCCCUCUCAUGGACUCCAAUAUCAGCUCCACUACAGAGACUGAAGGCGUGAUCACAAGAGACAUGAUAGAAAUGCUCUUCUCAGACGAUCCUGAAUUGCAGCUGGUUACAACACAGAAAUUUAGAAAACUCCUGUCAAAAGAACCAAACCCUCCCAUUGAUGAGGUCAUUGGCACACCCGGAGUUGUAAAUAGAUUUGUAGAGUUUCUUGAAAAAAGCACAGAUUGUACAUUACAGUUUGAGGCUGCGUGGGCAUUGACCAACAUCGCCUCUGGCACCUCUCAGCAGACCAAAUUUGUGAUCGAGGCAGGUGCUGUUCCCGUAUUCAUCUCGCUGCUCAGCUCUGAAUUUGAAGAUGUCCAAGAACAGGCUGUAUGGGCACUGGGUAACAUUGCAGGAGACAGUGCAGUUUGCAGGGACUUUGUGCUGAACUGCAAUAUCCUCCCACCACUACUAAUACUGCUGACCAAAUCAACUCGGCUUACAAUGACCAGGAAUGCUGUGUGGGCCCUGUCCAACCUCUGCAGAGGCAAAAGUCCACCACCAGCCUUUGAAAAGGUGUCCCAGUGCCUACCUGUGCUGUCCCACCUGUUGUUUAGCAGUGAUCCAGACCUCCUGGCUGAUGCCUGCUGGGCUCUGUCCUACAUGUCCGAUGGACCCAACGAGAAGAUCCAGGCUGUGAUCGACUCAGGAGUCUGCAGAAGGCUGGUGGAGCUGCUUAUGCAUUCAGAUUAUAAAGUGGCAUCUCCAGCUCUGAGGGCUGUUGGGAACAUUGUCACUGGUGAUGACAUUCAGACACAGGUUGUACUGAACUGCUCUGCCCUUCCCUGCCUCCUGCACCUUCUCAGCAGCACCAAAGAGUCUAUCAGGAAAGAGGCAUGCUGGACUAUCUCCAACAUCACAGCAGGCAACCGAGCUCAGAUACAGACAAUAAUAGACGCAAACAUCUUCCCUGUCCUGAUGGAGAUAAUUCAGAAAGCAGAAUUCCGCACCAGGAAAGAGGCAGCAUGGGCCAUCACCAAUGCCACGUCUGGUGGAACGCCAGAGCAGAUCCGGUACCUGGUCAAUUUGGGCUGCAUUAAGCCCCUGUGCGAUCUGCUGACUGUGAUGGACUCCAAGAUUGUGCAGGUGGUUCUGAAUGGUUUGGAAAAUAUUCUGAGACUGGGAGAACAGGAAGCCAAAUGCAACAGUGGCGGCAUUAACCCGUACUGCAGCCUCAUCGAAGAGGCCUAUGGCUUGGACAAGAUUGAGUUUCUUCAGAGCCAUGAGAAUCAGGCGAUCUACCAGAAAGCCUUCGACCUCAUUGAGCACUACUUUGGAGUGGAGGAGGAGGACACCAGCCUGGCCCCACAGGUGGAUGAAAACCAGCAGCAGUACCUUUUCCCUCAGCCAGAGGGUGCCAUGGAAGGCUUCCAGCUCUAACCAGUCACGCAGCACUUCACAGCCCACUGUUUUAGUGCCCGUCCCUAGCUUGUGCCAACAGGCUAUACAGGACCCACUGCAACUAAACAGGUCCAGCUGUGGUCCAAGCAGACUGGUCUGCUCACACUGAGAGGAAUGCUACAGACAUCGUUUGCACUGUUGCAAUGAUGUUCGUUUCUGUCUUAAUUGACCUUUAAAUAGUAUCACUCAAUUUGACCCUGAGAAGUUGAUGGCACUGGCCAAUUUGCUUUCCCUCUAUUCUUUUGAAAAUGCUAUUUACUAGGUGUACAUUCCUCCCCACACCAACAACUUCAUAAACCUGCUGUUUCAUCACACCUUUUCCUUCCUUGUUUACUCCAUCAAUUAAUAUUGUCUUCCUCAGCUAAUUAAGACUUUUUUUUUUUUCCCCUCCUUUUUCUCCCCCCUCCCCAUUGCAAACCCUAGUAGUAGCAAACCAUGGUUUGGUUGUAGGUUGUAAACCAUGCUUCCUAGACACAGUGGUGUACUAGCAUCUGAGUGCAUUUGUCAUUGAGAGAUUUCACCCACUUUUAUGGAAUACUGUUGGUUUUCCUUGGUGGUGUUGGGUUUUUUUUGUUUUUUUUUAAUGCUACCUUAUGUUUGAGCACAGCCAUCACAUUUCAGUAAGGUUCAAAUACAUGAGACAAACAUUCAGACAAAUGGCAAAAUAAUUGGUUACCUAUUCAUUGAAAUAUGCCAUGAUUUAAUGCACAGUGUAAGAACAGGGCUGGGAUUUUCACUAGGCUAUUGCACUGAUUUAUACAAGUAAUACUUGCGUUGUGUGUUUGUGUGGUUCCUAGUUAUGCACCAGCACACAUGCUUGAUCUUUUAUAUGGCUUUCACUGAACUAAAAUUUGAGUUUGGGUUUCUUUUUGUUGGUUUCAGUAUGACAGUGCAUUGAAUGUAUCUGGAUCAGACGAUGUUAACAGCUUUGUUUGGGCAGCCCUUAGUCUGUGCAUGCUAGGCUAUUGCAUGGUUUUCUAUUCUACCAAGCUCUUUGUGUAUUCCUUGCCAUAUCUAGAUGCUCUGUCAUCAAUUACCUUAAUGUUACUAUAACAAUUCAUUAAUCAACUGCUAGCUACAGUUGUUUAUUCAUUUUGAAAUGUCAAGGAAGAACAAGUUAGCCUCAUCAAAAAUUAAUUCCCUGAUCACAUCAGUUAGUAAUUUAAUAGCAUGUAAGUAGCUCCUUACAAUAACUGGGGGGGAAAAGCAUUAACUUCAUGUUCUUGGUGAAUUGCAUGAUAUGGCAAGGGAUAUGCAUGUAAAUUAUGACUAUCCUAACAAAAUAUACAUUGCGCGCACACAACUCUUGUACACAUGCAAAGUUGCAUAAAUUGUACACACAUUCAGAUAGGAACACCACAAGGCAAAGAGAAAAUGGCUUCCAUAAUCUUCGACAUUUUAGGAUUUUUUAUUUAUUUAUUUUUUUGGGUAAUGUUUAGCUUUCUUAUACCCCUAGCUCUUCUGUUGAGGGUAUUGGACAGCACUAAAGCAGUAUGUUCAACCUGUGUUUUUGUUUUUUUUUGUUUUUGUUUUUUUCUCCCCCACUAAAUGAGACUUUAUGCCUACUCAUUCCCCUUGUCCCACAAUGAAAUGCUUUUGUAUGAUUUUCUUGCCGUCAUGCAUUCUGAGUGAUGCAUGACCACAAGAGGGGCUUAUAGCCCCUGUGUUUAAAGAUGGGUUUUUUUGGGGGUUUUUUUGUUUGUUUGUUUUUUCAGGAAAAGACAUGUAAACUAGUUUUUCUUCUACUUGUAAACUCUCUUAGUAACCUAUGGAAGCAUCCUUUUCUCCUACCUCUGCAUCACACUGACUCCUGGGUGCUGUAAUGAGUGGAGUUGCAUUAGCUUUAGAAGGUCCUGUAUCAAUGGGUGAGGACAGACAAUGACUGACGGAUGAUUUGGGAAGUCGAGGGAAAUAUCUUCGAGGCUUUGUGUUCACAUCAGGAUUCUGUUGCUUAUCUUGGCAGAGAAUCUUUGUAGUGCGUUGACUUUGGUUGGCAAAGAUGAAGUCAUGUAUUUUUUGCGCAUAUUUUAGUGUAAAGUAUAAUCAGAGCAGCCAGUGUACUAGCUUCCAUGAGUGCUCAGACCUUCAACUUUGACUUCAGCACUGCAGCUCCUUCUUAAAGAAAUAAAUAAUUUUGGUACUUUGUACAUGAAUCUUAAUUUUCUUUCCAUCAAAGCAGUUUAUUCACCAAAGCAGUUUACAGUUCAGCUUCCUGUCCUAAUAAGAAUAUGCAUUGUGGAAAAUAUUUGAAUCAUAUACAUUUGUUUAUUUUUGUUGGUACCAUGAAUAGAGAUCAGUUGAGAGGGUUUGUUUUGAGAAAAUGUGGUUAUGCAAAACUGAUUGUCAGAACAUAUUACUCUGGUGAAUGAAGACUUUCUGUAGAUGUGAAACAGAUUGUAAGUCUGAGUCAUGCAUUUUAAACCAUUUAUAACCGCAUAUUGAUGAUGCUACCGAAAGGACAAGAAGCACUUUAAAAUGUUUUACAGCCUUAUUUAAAAUCUUGAUUACACAUUUGGCAUUUCUGUGCAAAUGUGAGACAUAUGAUGCAUUGCGAGAAAUUUUUUGCUUUGGUGGGCUCCGAUAGUCUUGGCAUUUUCUGCUUCUUUUUGUUUGAAAAUGUUAUCGGUUUACCAAUAGCUGAAGCUAUAGCUUCAAACCGAUGGCUCUAGGUGGUUAAGGUCUUUUACACAGAACGGUGACCAGUUUUGCAUUUUAUUGCAUGAUUAAUGGUCGUCCUCCAAAGUCAUUGGAGUUUAAACUUAUAGGUAGGGGGAGAUGCUCCUUCGUCUGCCCACUUGAAGUCAAGACUCUACAGAAAUGUACAGGGAAGUAAGGAGUUUAAAAGCAGAGUUGAUUUACCUUUUAUGAAGUUGUUUUUGAUACUUUUGCCAUGCCAUAGUACUAGAACAGGGCUGGAGCUACCGCAGUUGCACAACUUGGCAGUGGCUUUCUUCUAUCAUACUGUCUUGUGCAGCUCUUAAGAGACUCCCCCCACCCCCCGACUGUAUGUAUGUAUUUUUAUUUAUUUAUUUAUUUAUUUGGGUGGUUGGAUGGAUGGAUAGAUAGCUUAUAAUAAUGCAAGAGGAAUCACUGCUGUAUCCUCUAGGAAAGGCUCGUUUGUGUUGAUUUGAACACUAGGUAUUACUGAAAUGGCACUGGUGUCCAAACAAUGUUAUAUUUUGUAAAAGGAGACUUGAGAACAGGCAAAACUGGAAGGUACAGGGAUCCUAUACAGACUACGUGUGCCUUGGUGUGCAUCAUGCAAUUUUGACAUUUCAAUUAAAAACACUGGUUAAUCAGAUUGACUGACUGUUCUCUCAGCAAUGAUGCAGAGAUAAAAAAUGCUGCAAUGAUCUGAGACACAUCAAAGAAGAAAAAUCUGAUUGCAAUUGGUGAGGGAAGUUUAAAAAAAAAAAAAAAAAAAAAAUCUAAACUCUAUCCCAUGGCAUUUGAGCCUGGGUAGUGUAAUUGAGUGAGUGGAUAAAAAUACAUGGAAAUUUGUGUGUGUGUGUAGAAAUGAAAAAUGCACUCGUUUUCACAAAAGUGCCAACCAGACCAUCAAAUACUGGAGGCUGAUGAAUAUUGAUUUCUGAUUUUUUUUUCUUUCGAUUUGUUUUUCAUUUGUUUUAUAUUUACUUGAAUGUGCACACAUUUGUGCAAACGUUGCUGCUCUAUUUUCAUAUCUUGAGGUUACAUUAUCUGCAAAGUUUCAGUAGACAUGUGGCAGUCUGCUAUUUGUACACCAAAUUGCUAAAUUGAAUCAAAAUAUAAAUUCAAAUGUAAAGCUAACUUAUUUUGCUGUACUAAUUUACAUUUUUUUUUUUUUUUGAAUCAAGGUUAAUUCCUCUUACACCCCCCCCCCCCAAAAAAAAAAAAUCUCCCCACUUCUUGCCUGGGGGCGAAGCAUCCAAUAAAGGAAAGAAAAAAAACUCCCUUAUGUAUGGGUACACAAGAGAGGUCGUAUCUUUCUUAUCAUAGGGACUUUUUGACACAUUCUCCUGCAUUCAAGGACUUGACAUAUUUGACAUCACUUGUGUUCAUUCUCAACUGAAAAUUCAAUUUGCAAGGAGACCAAAUUGAAUGGCGCCAAGUCAGACUGCUUCCUAUGUCUGUUUCUAGCACAACACAAUUGAGCUAUUGCGUCUUCUAGAGCUGUUUUGUUUGGGUUUUUUUUGUCUUCUGAAAAUCAAGUAGGCUUCAGGGAAGAAAACGGCAGAUUCCAUAGUUAACAGCCACUCUGUCCUAUGCAGGGAUAUACAAGUUUCAGUUCAUGUUAUGUGCACUGGUGACACCUUUUUAGAAGCAUGAAUAAAUCAGCGUUUCAUAAAUCUAUAAAAUAAAUUGCAUGUAAAAUACACAUUUAGCAGUACCCAACAGGGAAUUUGUUGUAUUGACUUGAGGAAUAGUUCUGCCACUGUCUUUGAUUAUCAAUGACUUCCAAGAAGUGCAAAAAUUGAUAAAGGCCACACUUGUAUGGUUCAACUGAGUCUUUCUGGUCUUCCGUCCUAAAUCUUGUAGAUGUUUAUAUCUUGAGACUUUUUGUCUCUUCCAGAUCUGAAGCUGGUGCAUAAUGCUUGGCUGUAACAUUAAUAUUUUUAAUAAAAGCAAAUGAACUUGUUUAAAAUGCAUGUUUAUUACAUUUAUUCUUGUAUGCUAUUUAGUUUUUGUCCAAGAGGAUAUUCUGUCCUCAUCCUGUAAUGUUUUUCUUUUAAAGAUAUAUUUAUGUAUAUUUUCCUCCUUUUUGCCACCUAUUACCUACCUUCUACUGUGACUGACUUGACUUUACCAACAGUAUGAAUGAGUGACUACAAAUACACAAACUGAAAAUGUCACACAAACGUAAACAUGAACAUUAAUAUUAUUAAACAAUUAAUUAAAAUCUAGAGAUUUAAAAUUUGUCCAGAAUGCUAAUAAAGUAAUAAAUAAAUAAAUACAUUUGGCCCUUUGCAAUUUUUCCCCAUGUGUUUGUAAUAAGUUUGAAACUUAACGUAUCUUCCUGA